CAGACUCCCCUGUGGAUCAUGUUGCACAUCAAGGCCAAUGAACUCUUGACAAAGACAACCUGCUGGUUCAUCGUGCUGUUGCAGAAUCUCACGUAAACCAAGCCUGACCUGAAGCAUACAGAGACCAGCAAGGAUGAAUGGGACCUACAACGCGACUUGCCGGAAUAGCACACCACUGGCUGUCGCUUAUUCCUUUGUGGUUUUGCUGGGACUGCCACUGAACGCACUGUCGCUGUGGAUCAUUGUCUGCAGACACAGGCUCCGGGCGGCCAACACCGUCAUCAUGGCCAACCUGGCCGUCUCGGACCUUCUCCUGAUCCUCUCUCUGCCCCUACGCAUCGUCUUGCACAUCAAGCCCAGUAAGAUCUUGAUGAAGACCCCCUGCCAGCUGAUGACCUAUUUAUUCCGAGCCAACAUCCUGUCCAGCUCCUUCUUCAUCACCUUCAUCAGCGUGGACCGCAUGCUGGCUCUGGUCUACCCACUGCGCUCUCGGGUGGUUCGCUCUCCCAGGACAUCAGGGAUCGCUUGCGGUGCCGUGUGGUUGCUGGCGAUGACGUACAGCAUUUCUCAUGUAUUCAAGUGGGAAUCAUUCUAUACCUGCAUUCCUAUGAUAAACAGGUGUAACAUGGGUGAUUUUAACAGGACCAAAAGGGAUGAGUUCUCACCACCCUUUUUUGCGUUAAUCCUAUCGGUUUGCCUGCCUCUGUUGUUCAUUGUCAAUGUGAUUUCCACAGCCAGAGUUGUGUGGAGCCUAAACAAUCGUCAGAUGGACCUGGCUGGGUACAAUGUGAAAAGGGUGAUGUUGAUUUUCCUUGUCAAUGUGCUGAUAUUUGCCCUCUUUUUGCCGUUCAUCGUCAUGUUGCUAUGGAAUCUCAGCCAGCCUAACGUGGAACUUUUAGAGGUAACGUUGUGUCUCUCAACCUUCAACUGUUGCCUGGACCCCCUCGUUUACUAUUUCGCUUUAGAUGGUUUCUGGGAAAAAAUGAAAAACCUUGAUGUGUAAUGUGAUAUUCCUGCAAGACUUCGGCAAACUUGAGAGAGACACUUGGAUUAGAAUCAGUGGCUUACUAUCCUGAUGCUUUUUAGAUAAUUCAUAGGCAGUGUCUAGGCUUAUUUGAAUAUCCUGCCACCUCUUAUCCAUUGACAGGACAUGGGGCAGGCAGUGGAAUGCCCUUGAUGGAAUGUCAGCAUGGACACACACAAACAAAAUUGACAAUUUAUAGAUGCCAGGUUAUCUAACUGCAUGUCUUUAGACUGUGGGAGGUAAACAGAGUACCUACGGGAAACCAGCCCAGCCCAGGAUACAUACUCUACAGAGAGAGAGAAGAGUGGGAUUCAAACCCACAAAUCUGUGGAGCAACAGUAUUACCUGCUGCACAAUGCUACCAGAAACCCUGUGCUUUGCCUUUCAUUUACUUAGUAUAUUUACUGAUGAUACAGGUUAUUUGUUUUUCUGUUAAUGAUUUUUGGUUUUAUCCCACUUAUUUCUGCACUGCCUGCCUGUACGGAGACAUUUUUUUGCCAAAUAAGUGUGAAAUAUACAUUCAUAUAAAGCUAAUUUACAACUAAAGAAUGACUCUCUUGUUCAUCUCUUUGCUGACACGUACCACGAAAGAAGACAUGUUUCAUUUAUACUGGGUAACUUCCUUGUCACAGAUGUGGUAAAUAAACAGAAGAGGAUGUACAGCUAUUCACGGCCUCCGAAUGCCGAACCGCCACCUCGUCGCUGCUGGCCUUUCAUCAUCGCUCAAAAACCUAAAACUACCCAAAGAAUACUUUUGUAUAAAUGUGGAAUGUGUAUUCUUUUUUAGAAAGCUUAAAAGCUA